GUUGGUGGUGGCUGCUGCAACAGCGGAGGAAUCUAUGUUCCCUAAGGUGUCCCUUGCGCUGCUGUGGCUCCGCGCACCCUGGACUAAGAAAGGAAGGACUAGAGUAAGUGUUCCCCUCGUCCGCUAGACUCGGAGCUAAAGUGUCUCCUUCCCGCCGGGCAAGGGGCUAUAGGAACCUCAUAGGCAGUCCCCGCCCCUUUCCCUGCCUAGACUCCCUGUCCCCUCCUUGCCCCUCUCCCGGUCGGGAACCCCUCGGUCCCUCCUGUUCUGGCAGUGAGCCCCUGCCAAGAUCAUGAAGCUGGUGAGGAAGGACAUUGAAAAAGACAAUGCGGGCCAGGUGACCCUAGUCCCCGAAGAACCUGAGGACAUGUGGCACACCUACAAUCUAGUGCAGGUGGGCGACAGCUUGCGCGCCUCCACCAUCCGUAAGGUACAGACUGAGUCCUCCACGGGCAGCGUCGGGAGCAAUCGGGUCCGCACUACCCUCACUCUCUGCGUGGAGGCCAUCGACUUCGACUCUCAAGCCUGCCAGCUGCGAGUUAAGGGGACCAACAUCCAAGAAAAUGAGUAUGUCAAGAUGGGGGCUUACCACACCAUCGAGCUGGAGCCGAACCGUCAGUUCACCCUGGCCAAGAAACAAUGGGACAGUGUGGUUCUGGAGCGCAUCGAGCAGGCCUGUGACCCAGCCUGGAGCGCUGAUGUGGCAGCUGUGGUCAUGCAGGAAGGCCUCGCCCAUAUCUGCUUAGUCACUCCCAGCAUGACCCUCACUCGGGCCAAGGUGGAGGUGAACAUCCCCAGGAAACGGAAAGGGAACUGCUCACAGCACGACCGGGCCUUGGAGCGGUUCUAUGAACAGGUGGUCCAGGCCAUCCAGCGCCACAUACACUUUGAUGUUGUAAAGUGCGUCCUGGUGGCCAGCCCAGGAUUUGUGAGGGAGCAGUUCUGCGACUACAUGUUUCAACAAGCAGUGAAGACUGACAACAAAGUGCUCCUGGAAAACCGGUCCAAAUUCCUUCAGGUACAUGCCUCCUCUGGACACAAGUAUUCCCUGAAAGAGGCCCUUUGUGACCCUACUAUAGCUAGCCGCCUUUCAGACACUAAAGCUGCUGGGGAAGUGAAAGCGUUGGAUGACUUUUAUAAAAUGUUACAACAUGAACCUGACCGAGCUUUUUAUGGACUCAAGCAAGUGGAGAAGGCCAAUGAGGCCAUGGCAAUUGACACAUUGCUCAUCAGCGAUGAGCUCUUCAGGCACCAGGAUGUAGCCACACGGAGCCGGUACGUGAGGCUGGUGGACAGUGUGAAAGAGAAUGCAGGCACUGUUAGGAUAUUCUCUAGUCUUCAUGUUUCUGGGGAACAGCUCAGCCAAUUGACUGGAGUAGCUGCCAUUCUCCGCUUCCCUGUUCCUGAACUCUCUGACCAAGAGGAUGAUUCCAGUUCUGAAGAAGAUUAAUGAUUGGAACUUAUAAUUGAGACAACCUUGUGUCUCUUUCACUGUUACAUUUUCUCAGCAUCCUUGUGAGAGGAAGCUGCAAGAAUGGCACUUUAUGAUUCUUACAGGGACUUCUCAUGUAUUUGGUCACACUAGAUAUUUUACAAUUGUCAGGACAUAUAUUUAAAACUAAACAAUAAAUUGAAAGGAAAUAAUCUUUAA